GUUACUCACUUUGUCUGUAACGAUUGAUAAGAGAAAAAUUAGAUGAGAGAGAAAUUAUUCAUACGAAUGAAUGAAUGAUACGAAAUCUAGAUAUUUUCAAAAGAGACGACGUGAUUUUUUUAAUCUUUUACUCUUGCAAGUAAGAAAGCAGUGAUAACAGAUGACAGUUAAGACUUCAGAAAUUCACAAAAGCAAUUGAUGGCUUCUUGGCCAGCUUCAUGGACUUUGAACUUCAACCUUCCAAGAAGCUGAGUUGUGUUUCGUGGGCGUCGUGUUUAUCUGUGUGAUAAUGCAGAAUUCUGUUCUGGAGAAGCAAGAUCAGAGGGGUAUUUAUUUAUCAGGACAAAUUCUAACAUGGAGGAUUCCACAGCAAUGACUAUUGAGUUUCUUCGGGCACGCUUGCUGUCUGAAAGAUCUGUCUCCAAAAGUGCAAGACAGCGAGCUGAUGAAUUGGCAAGAAGGGUGGGUUUCGAUGUUAUUGUAGCAGAACUGGAGGAACAACUGAGGUUUGUGUCUCAUCAAAGAAAGAUGGCUGAGAAAGCAAGUGCUGACGUUCUUGCUAUAUUGGAGAAUAAUGGGAUAAGUGACUUUUCUGAGUCAUUUGAUUCAAGCUUUGACCAAGAAGCCGCUUGCGAAUCGAAAGUCAGUAAUAAUUGUAAUAAAGAAGAGGAGAACUCAGUCAGUCCAAAACUAAGAAGAAAUGAGUGGGAGGAACAUUCAGGUUUGGACAUUGAUUUUUCUCCAGUGCUUUGCAGAGGCUUGUCUUGGGAAGGCUGUCAGAACACUUCACAUUCUUCUGAAAAGUACAAGGAUUCUUUUAUGAGAAGACAUCGCAGUUUUGGACCUGUUGGAUCUUCUCCCAAACAUCAUACGGGAAAGUCAUGUCGUCAGAUAAGAAAUCAGGAAUCAAAAUCUGUGGAUGAGGAAUCUAAAACAAAACCUAUAAAGGUUGAUUCUCAAGAAAAUGAGGUUGCCACCUCGUUAGAAGAGGCUUCUCUAAAUCACUCCAAUGGUAGACCUGAGAUCUUGAGUGGAAGCUCUGAAGCUUCGGAAGAGAAAUCUUUACUGGAGGAUUCAAAAGGUAGCUUAGGAAACGGACAAAAUUUGGCUAGUGGUAAUGUUGACUUCAAUGAGCAUGGAGGAGAAAUAACUAUGGAGAAGGCACUAGAACAUCAAGCACAACUGAUUGGAAAAUAUGAAGAGAUGGAAAAGGCUCAGAGAGAAUGGGAAGAGUGGUUUAGAGAAAAUAACAACAGUACACCGGAUGCUUGUGAUCCUGGGAAUCAAUCAGGUGUCACUGAGGAAAGAGAGGAGAUCAAGGUACAAAUUGAAAGUCCUGCUACCACAAUCAAUACUAUACAAGAGGCCAAGUCAAAAGAUGUUUGUUUCUCUGACAGAUUUUCCAAUAUUCGGACUAACGGCUUUCUUUCACCACCCUCACAAGGUGAUGUGCAAUCUUUAGGUGAUCAGAAACAUGGCAGUAUUCAUGCAUCUGAAUCACUUGCCCAAGAUUUUUCUUUUCCUACAGCAAAUGGAAAACAAAAUCAGGAGAGCCUGAAAACCAACCUUUGUCCACCUUCACAGAGCUCCCAUAUUCAUUCACAUGAUUCCCCUGGAAACCGCUCAGCACUGGUUUUUUCAUCAAAUUCAGGUGGCAUGUUCAGUAGAGGAGAACUUUCUGGGAGCCAAAAUGAACUCUAUGCUCUAGUGCCACAUAAAAAACCUACUGGGUUCAAUGAAGUUCUGGAGGCACUUAGGCAAGCAAAGCUUUCACUGCAACGGGAAGUCAGUAGAGUGCCAGUAACAGAAAGGAAAUCUCUUGAUAAAGCUUUUAAACCUUCUAUUCCAGUGCCAGUAAGAGAAAGUAAAUCUCUUGAAAAAGCUAUUACCCCUUCUAUUCCCGCUACGGAAGUUUGGGGCAAGGGAGAGAUUCCUGUUGGAUUAGCUGGACUUUUCAGAUUACCAACUGAUUAUGCUGUUGAGGAGAGCCGAGCCGACUUGCUGUUUUCUUGUUCUCAACCAGGGUUGGUAAACCAUGAUCCUAGUACAAGUCUUGGAGUAACUGUUGGUGACCAAAUUCUUACAAAUCUGUACAAGGAUAGUAGGUCCACUUCUUCUGCUAGUAAUUUUCUGGAAGCUGGUGAUCAAUUUGUCACUAGAGCUUGCAUGGAUAGGAGGUCAAUCUAUUCAUCAGAUAGUCAACUUUUCACCAGAGAAUACUCAGAUAUUUCCUCAGGAAUAUCCAUUCGGAAGACAGCUUUUGAUGGUAACUUGGAUGCCGUUCAACCCUCUUCCAGGCGAUUUACUUACUCCACCAUUUCUUCCUCUCCUGACCUGAUGCCACAAACACCAGCUGAUGAAAGAUUUUCAACAUACCCUCUGAAUAGACCAGUUGGGAUGCCUCCCUCAAACCUGGAUGCAGGUCUAUCCUCCUCCAAUCGGUUUAUUCACCCCAUGUCACCAUCCUAUCCUGACCAAAUGCCAAGGAUACUGACUAAUGAAGGAUGUCCUACUUUUCUCACUGGUAGGUCUGUAGGGAUGUCGCCUGCUGAUCACUUAUUCUACUGUGAUCAUACCAGACCAAAUACAUAUAGAUAAUACUGAUGCUUAACCUAGAUGUUAGGGGCACUGAUUUAGAGUGUACCAUAUGUUUUCAAAAUCCCGGCCUUUGAUAGGCUGCCACUCUCUGUAUCAUUCCUUUCCAUUAUUUCCCUGUAUUUAUUGUGUUUGUAAAAUAUUGAUGCAAAUUAUGCUCACGUUUUUCUCUUGUAUUUGUUGUUGUAUCCAAUAAAUUAUCUUUAUUUACAAUUUAA